CAGCUUCUGCAAAGCCGCGCGGCGGGUUGGUGCGGUGCGAUGCGCUCCCGCCCCGGCGCAGCAGCAGCGAGGAGGCAGCAGCCCGCGCGGCUCAGCUGACCCCGCGGUCCCGGGCUGAGGAGCAAGGGGCUCGCUCCGCGCGGCGGCGGCUACUGCUGCUGCGACCGUGCUCCGCUCGCUGCGUGGCCCUGGGCUGGGGAGCUGCCCGCAGCAGCGCCUCCUCCGGGAGGAGGGGGAGCAGAGGGAGCGGGGCAGCGUUUCCCGGGCACUGGUACAAGCUGAAUUGCAAACACCGGCAGCCGCCUCCUGCUUGUUUAUCCCCCCCGCCCCAGCUUCCCAUCCUCGCUUCUUUCAGGGGGGGGGACUCGCCUCACUUGAAGUUGGGUGGCAAACAUCGCAGAGCGCCCCAAGAGCCUUCAAACGGGGGCAAAGCUGUUCCGGGCAGCCUCCCUCCCGCGGAUCUGCGUCUCUUCCCGGCAGGACUUAGCAACUUCUUCACCUCCCCCUCCCCCCGGCUGGCCUUUUAUUUUUGUCUCUCCCUCCCCAAGCUCUGCAAUGACCAGGACUCUGCCUCCCCCCGGCCAUGGGGAAUGGCGAGCCAGGGCUUCUGGCAGCGCCGGGAAGGCUCGCCCGAGGAGCAGGGAAGAGUGAGCGCGGCAGAGAGCAGCAGGAAGAAGAAGAAGAAAGCGGGCAGAAAGUCUCUGCUGUAGCUGCCCGCACGCAGCUCCCCCCCGCACCCCCUUCCCGAGCAGCAGGACUGCGGGGGAGCAAUGAUGGCCUAGAAAUGCACCAGCGCUGCUGACUUUGUCCAGCGGCUUCUUUCUGUUCUUCCACCCCUUCCGAGCCGACAACCCCAUGGAUUUUUUUUUUAACCUGCAGCGAUCUCGGAGGGAGAGCCUAUAAACAGGGCGACAGGCUCUUUGAACAGGGGACAGGAGAGGGAGGCUGAGCUCCUUACAGCAUGCGAGGCUUUAACUUUGCAGACUCUUCCUAGCCUGGCGCCCCUCUCGCGCUUCUCGGUUUGCGCCCAGUGAUAGAUAUUAAUUUUUGCAACCUCUGGAGGAACUUGAGAGGAUUCGUGUCUCUCUCUGCUGGGGAGGGGAGGGGGUUGCCUCGUUGUGUAUUCGGGGGGAAGAGGGGAGGCUGAAACUAUGGCUCUGACCAGCGACUCUGCCAGUGUUAGAGGCAAGUCCAGCCGGAGCAUUGGCGAGAAGAAAAGCCUAGCAGCAGGAGUAGGAUCCGAUUGCAAUGGGUAUUGUUAUUCUGAUGGGAAACAGCAGCAGCCGGGCACUCAGCAGGGGCAAAAGGAAGACUCAACCUGCCAGCUCUGCUGGGGAGACCUGGUGCUGCAGAAAAUCUGGAGCUCCCGGAAACUGUCCUCGGCUCUCUGCGCCGGAUCCCUGUCCUUCUUGCUGGCUCUGGUGGUCAGGUUGGUCCGGGGGGAGAUCGGCUGCAAUCUGGAGGAGAAGGAGGUAGUGGCGGCGGAGGAGGAAGCAGCAGCCGCAACAGCUGGAGGAGGAGAAGCGGCUGGUUUGCCGUUGCCUCCAGCAGGGCUCCCCAGUAGCAACAGCAGCAGCUUCCAGCUGACUCCUUGGCUGCAUCCCAUCGCUUUGCUCUUCAGCCUCAUGUGUGUCUUCUUCUGGAUGGGCUUGUACUUGCUGCGCUCCGGGGUCCGCCUGCACACAGCCGCCUUGCUCCUGGCCGCCUGCUGCGGGGGGGAAGCGAUUGUCCAGAUUGGGUUUGCGGUAGGGGAGGAUCACUUGCUUUCCUUCACCGCCACGGGGGUGGUGCUGAGCUGCCUGGCCACUGUGACAUGGCUGGUGCUGAAGCUGAGGCAGGGCGUCCUCAUGAUCGCCUUGACUAGUGCGGUCAGGACCACGUCCCUUGUCUCCUUAGAGAGGAUCAAGGUAGCCUGGAGACCCUACCUGGCUUAUUUGUUCGGGCUACUGGGCAUCUUGCUGGCCAGGUACGCGGAUCAGCUCUUGCCCCAUUCCGGGGCGGCGCAGCAUAGAGAGGUCUCUGGUGCCCAGCAGGCCAAGGAAGAGGUCCCGGUGUUUAAGAGGAGGAGGAGGUCCAGCUCCAUGAUCUCUCCCGAGAUGUCCAGCUGCAGCAACAAGACUCAUCGGAGGACCUCCCUGCCCUGCAUACCUAGGGAGCAGGUAAGGAGCGCGACAGAUCUUCACAAUCCCAGGGAAAAUCCAGGAGUCCGGGGGCUGAGGAAGAAGGAACACCAAGCAGUCAGGCUCAUGGGGCAUUCUGAAUGGGACCACAAACGAGGGUCCAGAGGAUCACAGUCUUCAGGUACCAGUAUUACAGUUGAUAUCGCUGUUAUGGGAGAAGCUCAUGGGCUCAUUACCGACCUUCUGGCAGAUCCUUCGUUGCCACCUAAUGUGUGUACUUCCCUGAGAGCAGUGAGCAACCUGCUAAACACACAGUUAACCUUCCAGGCUAUUCAUAAGCCAAGGGUUAACCCUUUGAUGUCCUUCAGUGAGAACUACACCUGCUCUGACUCAGAGGAAUGUCCGGAAAAAGGAGAAAAGCUGGCUAUUCCCAAGCGCCUACGGAAGAGUCUGCCUCCAGGUCUACUCAGGCGAGUGUCAUCAACUUGGACCACAACAACAUCUGCCACAGGUUUACCUACCUUGGAGCCUGCACCAGUGAGAAGAGACCGCAGUGGCAGCAUCAAACCUCAUGAAUCUUCUUCAUCCAGCACUGACCCUUGGAACAGCUCAGUUCUGAUGGCCAUCACAAAAAGUAGGUCCUUCUCGGCCUCCUAUGCGAUGUCUGCUACAAACCAUCUGAAUUCCAAAAGGCAAAUCCGACAAGGUAUCCCGCCAAACAUUUCACCUCUUACCUCCCCGUGCCACUCACCUAUUCAGGGAACCCCAGCCACAAGUCCCACUGGCAAAACCUCUUCUGUGCAAUUCCCAGACCCUACCGACACGGACACCAAGCAGACCUUGAAACCACACAAGGUUCUAACUUCUACUCAGAGCGCACCAGACCUUUCGGAGCAGAUUGUGGGCCCCUCUGUUAUCUGUAGCAGCUGUGGCAGACCGUAUAGCCAAAUAGGUUCUGGCACUGGAGCACUGGAGAGAGGUGAUGGGACAACACAUGCCCUGACCAGAACAGAUGAUCCAGCUCAAGCCACCUCUGACUAUGAAACCAACAACAGUGACAGCAGCGAUAUUGUACAAAAUGAUGACGAGACAGAUUGCUCUAAAGACCAGAUGCGGAAGGGAUCUGUCUGCAGAACGUAUGCGCCUGAGACUAUCAUGUUGCACCCUUUAAUACCACCUGAGGACAAACCUAUCCUUGCCCCAGAGCCUCUUGUCAUGGACAACUUGGACUCCCUUAUGGAUCAGCUAAACAAUUGGAACUUCCCAGUCUUUGAUUUGGUGGAAAAAAUAGGAAAGAAAUGCGGUCGGAUCCUCAGCCAGGUAUCAUACAGGCUUUUUGAAGACAUGGGGCUGUUUGAAGCCUUUAAGAUUCCAGAGCGGGAGUUCAUGAAUUACUUUCAUGCCUUGGAGUGUGGAUACCGAGAGAUACCUUAUCACAACAGAAUUCAUGCGACUGAUGUUCUACAUGCUGUUUGGUACCUUACUACUCAGCCUAUCCCAGGACUCCCCACUGUGAUUAAUGACCAUGGGUCAGCAAGUGAUUCAGAUUCUGAUAGUGGAAUCACUCAUGGCCAUAUGGGAUAUGUGUUUUCGAAGAUGUACACACCUGCAGAUGAGAGUUACGGCUGCCUAGCUGGCAACAUCCCUGCCCUAGAAUUGAUGGCACUUUAUGUAGCUGCAGCCAUGCAUGAUUAUGAUCAUCCAGGAAGGACCAAUGCCUUUUUGGUUGCAACCAGUGCACCUCAGGCUGUGCUGUAUAAUGACCGCUCUGUUUUGGAGAACCAUCACGCAGCUGCUGCGUGGAAUCUUUUCAUGUCCAGGCCGGAGUAUAACUUCUUAGUCAACCUUGAUCAUGUGGAAUUCAAGCAUUUCCGCUUCCUUGUAAUUGAGGCCAUUUUGGCCACUGACCUGAAGAAACACUUCGAUUUUGUAGCCAGAUUCAAUGCCAAGGUGAAUGAUGAUGUUGGAAUUGACUGGACUAAUGAAAAUGACCGCUUGCUGGUUUGCCAAAUGUGCAUCAAACUGGCUGACAUCAAUGGGCCUGCCAAAUGCAAAGACUUGCAUCUGCAGUGGACAGAGGGCAUUGUUAAUGAAUUCUAUGAACAGGGUGAUGAAGAGGCAAGCCUUGGCCUUCCUAUAAGUCCUUUCAUGGAUCGCUCAGCUCCCCAGUUGGCACACCUUCAGGAAUCCUUCAUUUCUCACAUUGUGGGUCCACUAUGUAAUUCCUAUGACUCAGCGGGGCUGAUGCCAGGAAAAUGGGUGGAAGAUAGCGAUGAGUCAGGAGAUACUGAUGAGCAGGAAGAGGAAGAAACAGCAGAAAUGGAAACGUGUGAAAAUUCCGAGUCAAGAAAGAAAAAGUUCAAGCGGAGGAAAAUCUACUGCCAGAUCACUCAGCACCUGCUUCAGAACCAUAAAAUGUGGAAGAAAGUAAUUGAAGAUGAGGAAAGGAUAGCUGGGGCAGAAAAGCAAGGUCUAGAGCAAUCCACGCUGCACCAAUCCUCGGAACAAAUUCAGGCCAUCAGGGAAGAGGAGGAGGAGAAAGGGAAACCCAAAGGGGAGGAGGAGGAGGAGGAGGACACAGCUAUAGAACUGAACCAAUGACAAUAUUUUCAACAGUAUUUUAAGACAGAUUGACUUGUGCACAGACUCCUUUUCAAGCCAGCACAACACUUAGACACAACACUGUAGAAAUAUUGGAUAAUGCGCCUACAGCAAUUUGAUUUUUUUCUCUUUCCUUUGUAUGGUGAGGUACAUUGUUUAAACUCCUACGCUCAAGAAGCUUUCGCACUGCAACACCGGCUUUUACAGACUUUCUUAAAGAGGCAAGGGGAGGGUGGAAUUUUAUACAUAGCCAGUCAUUGGCUGUGCACUUCAGCAAAAUACAUGUAAUGAUAUAUUAUGGUCACCGUGAUAUUACAGAAGGAAGUUGUCCAAGGAAAUGCUGCUCCUAAAGCACAUUUGCAGUUAACUGUAAGGUACCAGUUAAGUAGAUUUUGCUCUUAAAGCUGAGGGAUAAAAGUUCCAAAGCUUUCUCAGAAUGUUAAUACAUCCUGCUAACAUAUAUGUGGGGGAGAAGAGGGCGCGCACGUGUGUGUAUUUGGCUGGAUGUACUAUAAUGUAAUGUAGUUUGAGUUUUUAUCAGACUAGGUUUAGCACAUGGCUUGUGAACAAACACAAGGCCCCAAUUCUAGGAAAUUUGGGUGGGCGUGGAAAGUGGAUCCCUUCGUAAGGAGCUCUGCAUUUUCAGUGGCCAAUGAAGCCUCCUUUUGCAGCCUGGUUGCACCACUGUCUUUCAGCAGAAGCCGUGCGACUCUCACUGCUGACCUGGCACCAUUUGGCAGCACCCUGUGACUGAACUCCUAACCACCUGCCACAUUGGCACUUUCCAGACUGCCAGUGCAAGGAAUGUGCAUGGAAUCCAUCGUACCCAAAGUGCGGGUUAUUGUAGGGCACACUUUGUUACUCCUCGUUAAGAUAACUGUGCCUUUGAAUGAGUUAGUGGUUUCGGGGAGCACUGUGUGUGUGUGUGUGCGCGCGCGCGCGUGUGAGAGACAGAGAGAGACCAUGCAUGCUUGGGAGUUUAUCACACACUAUUGCUUCCUCCCUCCCCCAGCCUUACAUUUCCUUGUGUCAGUGGCCAAACACAUUGUAAAAUGAAGCUAAAUUGUCAUCUUUAAAGUGCAGCAGGAGGGGAGGUGUGAAGCCAUCCAGUUCCUUGGGCUCAAAAGGCAGUGUCUUUGUGAUGCUCCAACAGAAGGGUGCGGUGAGGCAGCAGCUGCUUGUCCAUAUUUGCUAGAUGUUUGUAUGCCUCAGCAGCCACUCACACCAGCUUCAGAGAGUGCCGUUUUUCAGCACGGGGUGCUGAAUGGGAGCCAUUUGCAGCUGGCAUUCUGUUUAGAUGCAGCAUACUCCAUCCAUACUACUUUAUGUUUGCGCUUUGGGGGGAAAAAUAAAAGAUCGGGGCGGUAGUAGAGCAGAUAAUUUUUGGUUUGUUUCUCUGUCAUUUAAGCUGUGAGCCAAACGUCUAUUUAAAAGGUUGAUAUUCACGUUCAAUAUUUUAUUUCACGAUAUUAUAUUUGUCAAUGAUUAGUUAUCUAGAUGUAAAUAUGGAGAAAUUUGUAUGGGUUCCUGUAGAUAAUGAAAUCUUUAAGAAAAAGGGGGGGAAAAGGGAAACGUUUUUGUAAAGGUAAUUUUUUAAAAAACACCGUUUUUAUACAGUGUAGCCAUUGCCAAGCCCAUCAAAUAAGGUCUUGAGUAGUUGAGUAGUUAAGGGAAGCCACUGGUCUACAGGAGCAAGACACUGACAUAUUAAUGUUUAUUGAUUUGGACUGGUAGCCUCAGCCAUUACCUUGCUAAUUAAGGAUUUACCAGAAAUCUUUUGGUUCCCCCCAAAAAAUCUGAGUUCAUGAUCUCCCAAAAAGGUGGACCAAUGAGGUAAGCCAUUCUAAAAUCUGAGCCUGCAGACCUCAUUCAUCAACAAAGCUUGAGUGGGGCUGCGUGGAUGAAUAAGAAAUACUCACGUAAAUAAAGGUUGCAGUAACAGCCCAUCCUGUUUUAACUUAAGUCUCUGAUCUGUCCAUUGCUCACCCCCUUGUAUUUACCACCCUUCACAGUAUUUUAUUGACUCAUUAGUACUUCUUGGGAAAUAACAGAGAACAUUCUGUUUCUAAA